AUGGCGGCGUCCAGACAAGUAAUUGUCGAGUCGAAUGAAAAAGUUUUGGAUUUUAUAGGUCAAGAGGAAUCAUCUGAUAGUGACAAUGAAACCGAACCCGCUCGAAUAUUCCACAGACGUAUUUCAACGAAUAAGGAUAUUAAAACUGCCACAUGUAUCAAAGAUGGAUUGCUUUUUAAACAAACCACAUCAUUUAAUAGAUGGAAAAAACGAUAUUUUAAACUCAAAGGGCGACGACUCUAUUAUACUAAAAACAGAAAGUCUGCCAUAUUCAAUGAGAUUGACAUCACUAAUCUUAGUGUUGCUGAGUGUAGCACAAGGAAUAUUAACCACAGCUUUCAGGUGAUCACCCCAUCACGAAACAUUAUUGUGUGUGCUGAGAGCAGAAGGGACAUGGAAGAGUGGAUUAACGCCCUUAAAAUGGCAGCCAACAAAGAAUACUAUGAACAAGGCCACACAAGUCACUCUGAGAUGAUGUCUGGCCAACAUAACUGGUAUGCAUGUUCUCAUGCGAGACCUACAUACUGUAAUGUUUGUCGAGAAGCACUUUCUGGAGUGACUUCACAUGGAUUAUCUUGUGAAGUGUGCAAAUUUAAAGCUCACAAACGCUGUGCUAUCCGUGCUUCAACAAACUGUAAGUGGACAGCCUUGGCUUCUAUUGGCAAAGAUAUUAUUGAGGAUGACGAUGGGAUCUCAAUGCCGCACCAAUGGAUGGAAGGAAAUCUACCUGUCAGUGCCAAAUGCUUUGUCUGUGAUAAAACAUGUGGGAGUGUUCUUAGACUGCAGGACUGGAGAUGUUUAUGGUGCCGAGCCAUGGUUCACAGUUUAUGUAAAGAUCAGAUGAGUAAAAAGUGUCCUUUAGGCCAGUGUCGUGUGUCUAUUCUUCCUCCAACUGCUAUUUCAUCCAUUGAUAGUGAUGGCUACUGGGAGGGGAGGAGACCCCAGGGUACCUCCCCUUUAUUGGUAUAUGUCAAUACCAAAAGUGGAGACAAUCAGGGUGUCAAAUUUCUAAGAAGAUUUAAACAGUUACUCAACCCUGCCCAAGUGUUUGACCUCAUGAAUGGAGGGCCUUUUCCGGGGUUAAAACUUUUUCAACGAUUUGAUUCAUUCCGUAUUCUGAUAUGUGGUGGUGAUGGUAGUGUUGGAUGGGUUUUGUCUGAGAUAGAUAAACUGGAUCUACAUAGGCAGUGCCAAGUUGGUGUGCUGCCUUUUGGCACAGGUAAUGAUCUGGCAAGAGUUUUGGGGUGGGGAUCCACCUUUGAUGAUGAUACACAAUUACCUGGAGCCUUAGAACGUCUAGAACAUGCACAGAUCAAAAUGUUGGACAGAUGGAGCAUUAUGGCCUAUGAAGGCAAUAUGCCACCACCUAGAAAGUUGUCUCUACAGAUUGAUGCAAUUUCACAAUAUGAGGAUAGUAUGGCCAACCAUUUGACCAAAAUUUUACAUUCUGAAGAUCACCAAGUAGUGAUUAAAUCAGCCAAAAUCUUAUGUGAAACAGUGAAAGCUUUUGUGGCUAAAGUUAGCAAGGAAGAUGGGGAUGGGGACAAGGAGGCUGAGAACAGGGCACCCCAGUUCCAGGUGUUGAAUGAGAAACUACAGAGUCUUCUAGACACACUAGCUAAGGAAGCUAAAGAAUCAAAGAUCAUAGAAGACAGCUCUAUUUCUACCUGUGAGAGAGAGAUUUUUCUCAACAAGGAAUCUUAUCUUCCAUCUCCUGCCAAAUUACAAGUCUUCAAGUCUAGAGAAGCUUUAAUGUCAAGAGCUAAUAGUUUAAAAAAAGCUGUGCGACAAAUUAUUGAGCAUACAGAGCGAGCUGUUGAUGAACAAAAUGCCCAGACAAUUGAGUUUGAGAAGAUUCCUAUGACCUCCAUGAUUAAAGCCAAUGAAGCCUCGCGUUCAGCACCAAGUUUUUCUGUUUUCUCUGAGGACAUCAUUCCAGUCUCCAGCACUGGUCUGGAAUCUUAUGAGACUAGCAGUUCUCCACUGAGCCCAGCAUCACGUCGUAUCAGCAGUAUGAGCACAUUCAAUCGCUCAUCUAGUGUGGACUCUAAACUGGGAACACCUCCAGUCUCAAAGUGUAAAGAAGAAAUUCAUUACCUGCCAGCAAUCAGACUGCCCUUUCUACAGCCAAUGGCAUUACCAGGUAUAAGCAGCUCUAUAGCAAAAAACCUAGCAGGUGCCAGCUUCAUCAGUACAGUCCUACUGGCCAAUGCUGAUGCUCUGUGUGCUGCAGCUUCACCGUUGGUAGAGCAGGAUAUUCCUUUAGACUCUUACCAAGAAAGGUGUGUGAUGAACAAUUAUUUUGGAAUAGGACUUGAUGCGAAAAUUGCCUUAGAGUUUCAGAACAAAAGAGAUGAACACCCAGAAAAAUGCAGAAGUCGGACCAAAAACAUGAUGUGGUACGGUGUUUUGGGAGGAAAAGAAAUGAUUAACCAGACUUUUAAAAACCUGGACCAACGAGUCUUGUUGGAGUGUGAUGGUCAGAGGAUUCCCUUGCCGUCCCUUCAAGGCAUAGUCAUACUAAACAUUCCAAGCUAUGGUGGAGGAGCUAACUUCUGGGGUGGUUCUAAGCAAGAUGAGAAUUUCUCAGCCCCAAGCUUUGACGACAGAAUUUUAGAAGUUGUUGCUGUAUUUGGUGGUAUACAAAUGGCAAUGUCAAGAGUCAUUGACCUACAGCAUCAUAGGAUAGCACAGUGUCGGACGGUGAAAGUGAGCAUUCUUGGUGAUGAAGGUGUGCCAGUGCAAGUUGAUGGAGAAGCCUGGAUCCAACCACCAGGCUAUGUCAGGAUUGUCCACAAGAAUAGAUCCCAGAUGUUAAUUAGGGACCGAACAUUUGAAAACGUGCUCAAGUCCUGGUCUGAAAAGCAGAAAACUGAUCGCCCAGUCAGCCCCCACCCUAUUUCAUUAUCAGAGGAUGAGACUCAAGUUCUUCUCAGUUUUAUUGAAGCAACUUCAUCAGUUAUCAGAAGUGUCAAGGUCGCUGCCAAGUGUCAUAGUUCAGCAGAGAGUGAACUAAUUCCAUUAGCAGAGCAGACCUUGGAGUGUGUUGAUAAACUGUACCCUGUGGGGAGGCUGACAGAGAUUGAUUCCAGUGAGAGUGAAUCUUACCAGCCAACUCUAGUCAGCCAAGUUGUUGACUUGGUUCAAAGUGUGAGAAUACUGUACCAUCAAGCAAGCAUUUUUCUAACUGAGAAAAGCCAAGCUUCCAUUGUAUGUAUUGACAAAAUACUGUCUCCAAGCCUAGAGGAACGAUUAACCACUUCGUUGAUAAGCUUAGAAGAAGAAAUGAAAAGGAUGAUUGAGAUGAUUGGGUUGAUGAAGCUAGAGGUCGUGGAUGAGAUGACUUUGUUAGAUCAACACAAGCGUAAACAGGGGAGGUUCAAGCAAGUUUACAGCAAGUUGAAAGGGAGGGGCAUUAAGGAUAAACAGCGAUUGCCACCAGCAUUUGAAAUCAGGAGCUGGACCCUAGAGGAGGUUGGUCAGUGGCUAGAGAGUUUAGCCCUAGGAGAAUAUAAAGAAAGUUUCUUUUCUCAUGAAAUAACUGGUGCUGAACUUUUAAACUUGGAAAGAAGAGACUUAAAGGAUCUUGGAGUAACAAAAGUGGGUCACCUAAAGCGCAUCCAACAAGGUAUCAAAGAGCUUCAUCACAGAGAAGCAGCUUAUGACAGACCCAGUUCAUGACAUAUUUCUCAUUUACAACUAAAGAAUGAUGUCAGCAAAAAAAAAGUCCCUAAUUUUCAUCAGCUAUGAAAAUUUUUACUUUUUUAAGAACAAGUAGCCAAGCUCUUUCCAAUUUGUCCUCUGUGAUGUAAUCAACGAAACAACUAUGUAUGUAAAUUUCAUGGCUUUAAAAUUCUUUUUGCAAUUUUGCAUGUUUAAUUGUAUGCUAUAAUAUUUAUUGUGAUGUCUUGUUUGAAUGUGUUCAAAAAAUAAUUUAAAGAGCUUGUAUUUAUUAAGUAUGGAAAUAUUUGAAAGGCAGUUAGUUAUAUUAUUUUCAAUUGUACUUCUUAGUGUAGGUAUAAACAGGGCUUCCAUUUGGGUUAUUUUAUCCUAGCUUUUGUUGUUACCAGAUUUUGUCCUCUAUCUGAGAAUAUGUAGAUGCAUGUACGAAUUAAGCCUAUGCAACUGUUAUCGAUUUUUCUUUAAAUAUUUUAUUUUAAAGGUUGUUUUUGCAUUAGGCUGUUUUUUUGUUUUUUAGCAGGCUGCAGGACGGCUAUGAGUUAUAUGAUAGUAUUGAUAGGUCUACCCAUAUGAAUUCAUAUUCCAUACUAGAUGCAAUUAUUUACUUCAAAACUGCCGAGCUUUUAUAUUGUUUCUAAAUUCUUCUGUACAUUCCAUUAUUGGAUGUGAUUUGAAUGUGUGCAUAAUAAGUUUUAAAACCAGCACAACUUUAGCAAAGCCAUGACAAAUCUAAGCAACUAAUCUUUUGCAUGAUUAUGUGAAUAUUUGCUUUAUGAAGAGCUGCAAACUCAGGGCUUCAGACAAUUGAAGAUGGUGUGUGUGAAUGAUCAAAAAUUAUCUGCCACACCCAUUUAUUUUUACAAUAUUUUUACCCUAAAUUUUUAUAAUUAAUGCACAGAUUUAUAUAAAAUAAAAUUCUCAAUGUGUAUUUGUGUUUUUCUUGCAUAAAAUGUUUAGGACAAAUAUACAACUUUUUUUUUUCAAUUUUUAUUACAUCCAUUUUUUAAGUUUUAUGAUACUUGAACAUUUCAUAUAACCCUUUGAUGUAGACAAAAACUGAUCCAUAACAUUGCCCCCAUGCCGAGCCAAGAAAGUUACUAUGUAACAUGCACACAUUUUUAACAACCAUACCAAGUUAACUAAAACUAAUUUU